CUCAUGAGAGCCAGGCUCGUGGGGCUAGCGCUCGCGCUCUCUCUCGCGCUCGCGGAGGCGGCGGCGCCCAGCCUGCUCAGCCUCGGCCUGGUGCUGUCGGCCGCGAGCGCCGCCUCGGCGCAGGCAGACGACGCCGACGCCGCCGCACCUCUGGAUACGGACGAGGCUGCAGAGGAGGUCGCCGCGGCGGGCGACUUUGAGGAGGCCGACGCCGCAGAGGAGGCGGCUGAGGCGGCGGAGGAGGAGGCGUCUGCGCCCGCGCCCGCGCCCGAGCCCGAGCCGGAGCCCGCCCCGCCUCCGAAGUUCGAGCCGCCGCCGACCGCGUCGCCGGCGGUCGUGCGGACGUGGGUGGAGGCUGCGAAGAAGGCGCUGCCGGCGGCGGCGGUGGCGGCGUCGGGGCUGCUGCUCGUGAGUCGGAUCGGCGGCGGCCUCUCCUCCGGCGACGGUGGCAAGGUGUACAAGGUCCCGCGCGCCGUGCGGAAGGCCGGGGCGCCGGCAGCGGUGCCUGACUCAGCCACAGCAGAGGAGGAGGCGCCGAGCGAUGGUCCACCGGCGGCGUCCGGCACCUGGCUCGACCGCCAGAUCGACCGAGCCUUCUACUGGCUCUCGCAGCGCUUCGGGAAGAAGUGAGGCGGCGGCGGGGGGGAGGGCGCUCUCCGUGCGCGCCGCACGCCACCACGCGCACCCCACCCGUCAGACAGCGCAGCAACAACGGCUGCGGCGGCGGCGGCGGGGCCGCCGGGGGCCGUUGGAGCAGGAGGCCGGGCGGGCUGCGGCGCGACCGGGCGGGGUCGCGGCGCAGCCCGCUGGCAGAAGCUUGGGCCGGCAGCUUUGGGCGCGAGAUGUGGCGGGAUCUACACAGUUUGAGAGAGAAGACCGGGCGCGCAUGCGUACCUGAGGUUGCUUUAAAAGGCCAUCUCUUU